GCCUGCCACAACGCCCCAAUGCUCCCUCUCCGUCGAGCAUCCACAUCCUUACGCUCCCCACUCUUCACGCGAACGAUGUCCUCGAUCUACAUCCUUCCCAUAUCUCCCAACGCCCCCAGUUCCGGCACAAAUUCGAAUUCAAGUCCAGCAGUGCCCAACGCCAUAGAUCCGCACCAACUCUGGUCCACCGUCCCUGCCCCACAUUCCUCCAAGCCCGCCAAACUCGGAACGACGCGCGUCUUUUAUGCACCAUCUGCUGGAGGAGGAGAAGGAGGAGUCAGUGCGGUAGUGAGCCUGGGCAGCCAGUUUGGUAAGAAGAAGGGCGAUGAGAGGAGGGAGGUCGUUAGGAGGGCUGUGGGGAGUGGGGUUAAGACUGUGAAAGGGCUGUGGGAGGGAGAGAAGGUGGUGAAGGUGGAUGCGAGGGAGGAUGCGCAUGCGGCUGCUGUGGCGGCGUAUUUGGCAGAAUACAAGUUCGACCUCAAAACGGACCCACCAUCGCGUUUCAGACCCGGAUCCAAAAUCGACAAGGACAUCACGUUCGAGCCGUUGGAGAAAUCGAAGGAAUGGGAUAGAGGGGUUGUGUAUGCUGAGGCUCAGAACCUCGCCAGGACGUUGAUGGAGCUUCCGGCGAAUAUGCUUACGCCGACGGCUUUUGCGGAGCGUAUGAAGGCUGAAUUCGCGAAUGUGGCAGACACAGAGGUCAUCGUGCGCGAUGAAGAAUGGGCCGCAGAGAAGGGCAUGAACACCUUCCUCUCCGUUACAAAAGGCACAGACGAGCCGGCUAAGUUCCUCGAGAUUCAUUAUAAUGGUGCCGCGAAAGGUGACCAACCGCUUGCUUUCGUCGGGAAGGGCAUCACGUUCGACUCUGGAGGUAUUAGCAUCAAGCCUUCUGCUGACAUGAAACUCAUGCGCGGUGAUAUGGGUGGUGCUGCGACAGUCGUCGCUGCUGCUCUAGCCAUCGCAAAGCUCAAGUUUCCCAUCAACCUUGUCUGCAUCACGCCUCUUUGCGAGAACAUGCCUGGACCGAAAGCGAACAAACCUGGAGACAUUAUUUAUGCGAUGAAUGGCAAGUCGGUCGAGAUCGACAAUACGGAUGCUGAGGGACGAUUGAUUCUCUCUGACGCGCUUUACUACACCUCGACAACGUAUAAACCCCACACGUUGAUCGAUGUCGCCACACUCACUGGUGCCAUGGACAUAGCCCUCGGCGAAGUCUUCGCGGGCGUAUUCUCCACCUCCGAUAGCCUCUGGUCCGAACUCCACGAAGCUGGCGAGACAGAAUAUGACCGUUUCUGGCGCAUGCCUCUCGACGACGAGUUCGCCCCUCAGAUCCACAGAUCAAAUGCCGACUUGUGCAACACUGGUGGCAAGCCCGGAGGAAGCUGUACCGCCGCUCUUUUCCUCAAGCCUUUCGUUGAAGGUAUCGAGCCCAAGGAAGGUGAAGAGGGAUCGGAGGAGGAGGAGCUGAGAUGGGCUCAUAUUGAUAUCGCGGGCGUGAUGGAGGCGACUAGGCCGUCGCCGUAUAUGGAGAUGGGGAUGACGGGGAGGCCGGUGAGGGCACUGGUGGAGUUUGUUAGGAGGAUGGGGCAGGAGUAGGGGUAUUUACAUACAAUGUUGUUGGGUGCUUAGUACGCGGGAGAUGCUGCUUUUCUUGCUCUUCCUCA